GUGCUUAAUAUAAAAGAUACUUGCAAUAAUCUUAACCCAAAGACACCUAACAAAAUUAAUGAAGAUAAACCUAACCCUCAAAGCAAAGAUAAUCUAUAUUCAGAAAAGACAAAAACUACAAAAUUAAUCAAAACAGAUAAAUCAGAAACAACAACUAUAUCUUAUACUGAAGAACAUCAAGAAAUUAUGAAUAGCUUACUUUUUAAAGAACUUAAUAAACCUCAAAAGAAAGAAGACUUGGAAAACUUUGACCGAUACUUAAUUAUAUUAGGAUUACUAGCAUUCGCAGAACAAAAAUCUGAAGACUACAAACAUUGA